CGUCAUGUAUGUCAUUUGUUGAUGUCAUGACCGUAUUAUCACGAUAAACAUUUUGAUACAAUUUUUAAUUCAUUAAUAAUUAAGAUAUCCGGUGCUUAUUCAUGAACUUAUAUAAUACAUAAUUAAUUUCCACCGUAAAUAGAAUGUCUUCAGAUAUUGUAACAUUGCUCCAGUUGGAUAAAGUUCUAUCCAGCAGAGUGGUUGUAGUAAAAGAAAUCAACAGAUGUGACAGUUCAUUUAUAACAAGUUGUGUUUUAAACCAUUGUAUCAAGAACAAGACUGCUGUUAUCAUAGUGUCAACUCACAACUCUUUGCAACACUACCAAAAUGUGGGUCUCAAAAUGAAUUACAAUUUGCAAAGAUAUGUGGAUACAGGGCUUAUUGAUUACUUUCACUUGGGAGAAUAUUGUAUAAAUAGUUUACUGUCUGAUGAUAAGUUACCACAGUUGUUUGUUAAGGUGAAGGAAAACGUUUUAGCAAUGCGGGAAAAGCAUGAGGUAGUCAAUGUUAUAUUAGAUGGCAUUUCCCACUUAUUUGAUUUAAAUUAUUCACUCAGGGAUGUUAAUAUGUUUUGUAAAGAGUUGAUACAAUUUGUUACUUGUUACAAUAAUUCAUUUGUUCUUUGUCACUGCAAUGAGGCACAUGACGAUGAUGUUACAAGUGUAAUGUCAAAUCUAUUGUCACAUAAAGCUCAUACACUGGUGAAGGUUGAGAAUCUGCCUUCAGGCUGGAGUACAGAUGUGUCUGGACAUCUAACUAUAACAUAUCCAGGUCUAAAAUAUGAUAAUGAGCAUGUUUACAUUAUGGAUAUCAAACCAUACAAAUAUCUUUUCAAAUUAUUUGAUAGAGGAGUUAAACUAUUUGCUCCAGGUACAGUUUAAAAAAAAUGUAUGUAUAUAUUUUGUUACAGGAUGUUAUAAAAAAAUAUUAUUUUCACAA